AUGGCGGACGAAAUUGUUAAUUCUACAGAUUUAAAUAUGGCAACUGGUGGAGUUGAAGAUAGUGAAGUUGUAGUUAGCACGAAAGGUAGUGAAAUGAAAUAUAUAAUAUAUAAAUAUUUUACAUUGAACUAUUUAGAUCAACCUAUGAUACAAACAGUUGAUGAAAAUGGUUAUGAAUCUGAAUGUAGUUCAAGUUCAAGAAGUGAAGCAGAUAUAGCUCGUUCAGCACUUGAAGUUGAAGCUGAUGCAUUUACAAGAUUUAUUGAACGACAACGUACUGAAGUCAUGUUUGAAUUACGUAAUUUACGUUUAGGUGAUCGACCAGUUACUGGACAACCUAAUCGAGAACGAAUUGAAUCAUUUCUUAAUGAUAUUCAAGAAAGUCAACAAGU